UGUUAUUCUUCACAUUUGUACAGUCCAGAAAGAGCUUUUUCUCCUUCUGUGUGAGGAAGAAACUUCAAGACCUCCCUCAGUGAGCUGGAAACCCCAUCUUUUACCUUCCCUCUUCAUUCUCCAGUUGUGAACUAGAAAACCGUAUCAGCCUGUUGUGAGGUUCUGGAGAACAUCAACACCACCCAUGAAUGGCUUGAUCUUUGUUCUCAGCUCCAGAUGACUUGUCCUGUUGGUCGUAAGGAUGUCUGUAACUGAAAAUGGAGAUGUUACUGCUGGAAAGUCAAAUGAAGAGAAAACAUAUAAGAAGAAGAUAAUGCGUACUGUUUCAAACUCCUGAAGUAGUUUGAAUAUCCGGUUAGAUUGGAAAAAUCUUAAGAGGAUUGUGAUGGAUGGCUGUAGGCUGUUUUGUAAUGGCAAGCAGGGAAGAAGAGAAGGAAGAGGCUCUCUGUGUUAAGGUGAACCUUGAUUGUACAGAAGUCAACUACGGUGACUGUGGAAGCCCUAUUGAAUGCCUCUGGUUCGAGAUUGUCUCCAAGGGGGAUCUUACAGUACGGAUUUGCUACUGACCUCCAAAUCAAGAUGUUAAGGCCAAUGAAACAAUAUUUGGGCCGCUUAAGCAAGCUUCGGUUCAACAGAACCUGGUUCGUAUGGGUGGCUUCAACUACCCAGCCAUUUGUUGGUAGAACAAUACAACGGCUUGCAUGUCAUCCAUCGAGUUCCUGGAAUGUGUAGAGGACUGCUUCCCCAUACAAAUGUUAGAUGUGCCAACCAGGAAUGAGGCACUGCUGGGCCCGCUACUCGCAAACCAAGAAAACCUGCUUUGUAAUCUCUCAAUUAGUGAUAGCGUUGGCAGCAGUGAUCACAAUAUUGUGGAGUUCGGGAUCCUGCUGAGCACACUAAAGGUUAGUACCAAGACAAAGAUUUUAGAUUUUAGAAGAGCAAACUUCAGCUUGCUCAGAGCUCAGUUGAGAUGGAUUCUGUGGGAAGUUUCCAUGGAGGAGAAAGAAGGUAGUAAGUGCUGGGAAUUUUUCAAGAACACUUUUCUAGAAGCACAAAACCAGUUCCCUUACCUUUGAAGGGGAUGAAGUAGGUGGAGCAAGAAACACCCUUGGCUUAACUGCAAGCUUCUGCGUCUGCUCAAAACCAAAACAGAAGCAUACCAAAGAUGGAAAACUGAAUGAACACCCAUUGAGAACUACAAAGGCAUUGCCAGGGUGUGCAGAGAUGCAGUUAGAAAAACAAAAGCUCAGCUUGGAUAUAAAUUGUCCAGAGAUGUCAAAAACUAUGAGAAAGGGUUCUUCAGGUAUGUAAGCAACAAGCAGAACAGAAGGAAAAUAUUGGCUCGCUGUUAAACAGUAGAGGUGAAUUAGUUACCAGCGCUGAAAAGGUAAAGGUUCUCAGCACUUCCUUCACUUCUGUCUUCACCAGCACUGCUGGGCCCCAAGGACUGGGAAAAAUCUAGGUUGAUGCAAACGCAGGCCCACUGUCAGUGAAGGAGUUGGUAUGUGACCUGUUCCAGGAGCUUGGCCUCUACAAAUCUAUGGGCCCUGACAUUAUCUACCCAAGGGUGUUAAGAGAGCUGGCUGAUGUCAUUGCAAGGUCACUCUUCAUAGUCUUUGAGAAGUCAUGGAGAUCAGGGGACAUCCCAGAAAACCAGAAGAAGGAUAAUGUCACCCCCGUCUACAAGAAGGGCUUAAAGGAGGAUCCAGGAAAUUACAGGCUUAUCAAUGUUACUUCAGUCCCUGAGAAAAUUAUGGAACAAAUCCUAUCACAAGUCAAAUGAAGCACGUGACUGGGAAAAGCCAGCAGGGAUUCACCAAGGGCAAAUUGUGCUUGACAAACCUGAUUGCCUUCUACGACAAAGUAACCUGCUCAGUUGAUGUGGGAUGAACAACUGCAUCCUCUGCUAUUAAAGGUGCUAUUCAGCUGGGAAUAGGAUACACAGUAGGAAACCUUACAUCAAAACCGGACAGAGAUGUUCUUAUGCAAGACUUCUAUGUAGUGGAAAGUGUCUUCUUACCAAGUGAAGGGAGCAAUCUCACCCCUGCUCAUCAUUACCCUGACUUCAGAUUUAAGACGUAUGCACCUCUUGCCUUCCGCUAUUUCAGAGAACUUUUUGGUAUCAAGCCUGAUGAUUACUUGUACUCAAUCUGCAGUGAGCCUUUAAUUGAACUAUCCAACCCGGGUGCCAGUGGGUCCCUAUUUUUUGUAACUAGUGAUGAUGAGUUCAUCAUCAAAACAGUUCAACACAAAGAGGCUGAGUUUCUUCAGAAGCUCUUGCCCGGGUAUUACAUGAAUCUGAACCAGAAUCCAAGGACUCUUCUACCCAAAUUUUAUGGGCUGUACUGCGUUCAGUCAGGAGGCAUUAAUAUUAGAAUCAUUGUAAUGAACAAUGUUUUGCCGCGAGCCUUGAAAAUGCAUUUCACGUACGACUUGAAAGGCUCCACAUACAAACGGAGAGCAUCACGAAAAGAGAGGGAGAAGUCCAAUCCUACAUUCAAAGACUUGGAUUUCUUGCAAGACAUGCAUGAAGGAUUGUAUUUUGACUCUGAAACACUCAGCGCACUAAUGAAAACACUACAGCGGGAUUGUCGAGUUCUAGAAAGUUUUAAGAUCAUGGAUUACAGUCUGCUCCUGGGAAUCCACAUACUGAACAGUAACAUGAAGGAAAAAGAGGGAGAGAGUUCCCAGAGUGCAUCGGAUGCGAAACGUCCUGGAGGGCAGAAAGUUCUCUAUUCCACAGCCAUGGAGUCUAUACAGGGCCCUGGGAAGACAGGGGACUCUGUCACCACAGAGACAACAAACACAAUGGGAGGUAUUCCUGCUAAAAGCCAUAAAGGAGAAAAGCUGCUUCUAUUUAUGGGUAUUAUUGAUAUUCUCCAGUCUUACAGGUUGAUGAAGAAGCUGGAACAUUCUUGGAAAGCUCUUGUUUAUGAUGGGGAUACUGUUUCAGUUCAUCGACCAAGUUUUUAUGCAGACAGAUUUUUGAAGUUUAUGAGUACAAGAGUUUUCAAGAAAUUUCAAGCUUUAAAGUCUUCACCUUCAAAGAAACGGUGUAAUUCCAUCACAGCCCUGAAGGCAACAUCACAAGAAAUAGUGUGUGCAGCUAGCCAUGAGUGGAAGGAUGAAAAGCGUGGCAUUCUUGCUGAAGGACAAAGCUAUGCCAGCCUUGAUGAAGAAGUACUAGGUUCACGACACCGGCCGGAUCUAGUGCCAAGCACUCCAUCUCUGUUUGAAGCAGCCUCCUUAGCAACCACAAUUUCUUCUUCCUCCUUGAAUGUAGAUGAGCGUUAUCAAUGUGAUCAACCUAUGCUCUAUUCUAGCAGUAAAGGGUUGCCUUCAAGUUCAACAUUCACUUUAGAAGACAGUGCCAUCUAUUUGACUUCAGAACAAAGCACGCUGGAAAUGGAAAAUGAUAAUGCUUCAGUUUUGGAUGUCUACUUAGUCUAAACAGAUGGAACUCGCCACAGGGUGCAAAAUUUGAAGAAUUAGGUCACAGACGUGCAGCAGUAUCUGAAUACUCUGGCCCUGCAAGCUGUCCAGGAGGAAAAAGCACAGGUUGAUGCCUGCUUAGAGACAGAGAUGAACAUUUCCUAUUGAGAGUUGCAUAUGACCUUGGAUGAUUAGAGAAGAAUCACUGUGGAACUACCUGGAUAAUACCGGAAGGCAUCUUC